UCGGAUCGUUUUACGCGGACAGGGUUGAGCCGAUCGAAAAAAUUUUUAACAUGUAUGUACAUGUAAGUAACAUCGACCGUCGUUUAUGUCAUGUUUAACGUUAGAGAGGAAUGGUGAUUACCAGAAUCCACAUUAUUGUCUAACUUGCUGAAGACAUGGAAGACUAAGAGAAAAAGAGAUGAGCAAAGCGAACCGCAGACAAACCAAAAACCUCUCAGCCAACCAGCGACGAGAUGCUCAGGAGAGGAAACGAGAUGAGAGGGCAAUUCGCAACGGUUACAGGAAACAGCAGAGAGAUGCAUCAUACCUUGCAGAUGAUGAGAACUUUGCAGGCUUCGCCACUCAGAUUCAGACGGUGGGACUAGAACUGAGAGAUGUACCAGGGGAUGGUAACUGUCUCUUCCGGGCCCUGGGUGACCAAAUGGAUGGUCACGGACGGAACCAUUUGAAGCACCGAGCAGAGACGGUGCAGUAUAUCCUUGAACACCGAGAUGACUUUGAGCCAUUCGUUGAGGAUGAUGUGCCAUUUGACAGACACAUUGAGAAUCUUGCCAAGUCUGGUACCUAUGCCGGAAAUGACAGUAUUGUAGCAUUCGCACGCAGGCACGGCCUCAACGUGGUCAUACAUCAACUGAAUGCACCAGACUGGAAGGUAAGUGGGUCCGACAGGCCAGAGGCUAGAGAGCUUCAUAUAGCAUACCACAAUGGGGACCAUUACUCCAGUGUGCGGAAAUUUGGGGACAAGUCGCAAGAGCCAACCAAAUUCAAGUCCUCAGAUCCAAGAAAACAUGUGGACAGCAGAGAGAAGACCAAGCACAAAGACACAAAUGACCAUUCUUCUUGUGGUGCCUCUGCUGGCAAUGAUAUCACAGUGGACAGGGCCUGGAGUAAUGGCAGCAUGGACGAUAUGGUUCUACGCAUCAUGGAUGCCACUGGGUGUCAGGAUGCUGGUCUUAUCAGCGACACCUUGGAGGACAACCAGUACGAUGUAGAGGCAACCAUCGACUUUAUUCUGCAAUUUUUACAAGAGGAUAUUCAACCUGAUGAUCAAACAGCGUCCAAAGACGCUACCGGAAAUCCUGAAAGCAGCAUCUGGUUGCCAGGAGGCACAGGGUCUCGCCUCUUUGGCGUACCUGUCGAAGGAGACUCGAGGAUAACCCAGCCAAACAGAACACAUGGUAGAGGAAGAGGGAGGGGUCAACGGCCGGCCGUCAACAGCCGCACUCUGAAGCAGCUGAAGAGGGCAGAGAAGAAGGAACGGCAGACGGAGAGGCACAAAUUGAAAGUAUUGGGCAUUCAAACAGAGAACAGGGACGAGCAUGACGAAGACGCUCAGAGCAUCGUGUCUGUUCCCAUUGGGCAGAUGGGAGCUCUCUCGAUAUGAUAGUUUGGAGCAGGUUACCUUGCACAGACUGUUUUGCAUUUCGCAAGCUGUUGAAUGGCAUUAAGAUUACUCCAGUAGUCACACAGUGUAAUUGGGUCUUGGAGCUUUGCAGGCAGUAGGAUCACUGUGGAAUAUUGAGAGUGGUGCAACUGGUAUAAAUUUGCACUCAGUCAAGUGAAGAUCUAAUGCAUCACUGAAGACUUCACACUUUGACCAGCUGACACAACAUACCAGUAAUUUGUUGAAGGCGCAACAUUUUUUGCGCAGGCUGGAAAAUUUCCAGUGUGCAUCAUCCACUGACAUGCAGGUCCAGUUGCUGAGGCUUACAUUCUGCAUAGGAUCUCCUGUGCUUCUUUGUACUAGGAAGGAAAAAUAAUGACAUUUAUAAAAGUGAUCUAUGGAGUUUGAAACUGAUAUUUACCAAUGCAUUGUACAGGUAUAUUUUCAGAUGAUAAUAAAAGUAUGAUGGUUAAACACAACACAAAA